GGGUUAUUAUAUUAUCGAGUUCUUGCCUAGAACAUUUUCAAGAUUUACCAUCAAGAAGAGAGAGAGAGAGAGAGAGAGAUAUAUAUGGCGCUUGAACACUUCAGUCAUGACCAUCCAUUGAUCCUAAGGACAGACUACAUGGAGGAAGGUGUGAAAGUUCAUUGCUACGGGUGUCGGCAACCCAUCUCAGGUCUAUCCUAUGGUUGCACCAAAUGCGAGUUUUUCUUGCACAAAUCAUGUGCAGAACUACCCCGGGAAAUGACAUAUCAUCCUGCUCACCCUGAACACCCCCUUACUCUCCUUUCAAAGCCACCUUAUUCUUGCACGUGCGAUGUUUGUAGAAAAGAUUGCAACCGAUUCGUUUACAAUUGCUUUCAAUGCAAGUUCGAUGUCGACAUAAGGUGUGCUUUGGUGGUGUCCAAUAUUCAACAGAGGAUUGAGCUCAAAUGUCACCCACAUCAGUUGAUCCCCUUGGAAAAGUCAGCCACGUUCUUUUGUGAUGCUUGCGGUGAAGAACACGGAGGCACCUCCUACUUAUGUACCACCUGUGGAUUCUGGGUCAGCCAGAAAUGUGCUAAUUCAUUACCUAGCACCAUUAAACUUGGUGAUCAUCACCAUCCACACCCUCUCACCCUCAUCUAUUCUAUUCCAUAUACACAUAAUACACAUAGACACGAUGUCUGCAGAAUCUGUAACAAGCAAUUGUGCAGAAGAAAUUGGCUUUAUUAUUGUUCCGACUCCAAAUGCACAUAUUUUGUCCAUGUAAACUGCGCGGCAUCAAAGAUGGAGCAUUCCAAGGAUUGCAAAGUAGAGACUGAACAUAAGAUCAAGCUUAAUUCGGGAAGAGCAACAUCAAAUACUGAGCUAUCCAAGGAUUGCGAUGCAGAGAUUGAAGUUGAAAAUCGGAUCACCUUGCCAGCCGAUGAGUCUGUUGAUCUGAGAACUCUAUUUGUCAAUCACAUCAAAGUAGUGGGGAAGUGUAAAGAAGCAACAGAUAUUAGACAUUUUAGUCAUGAACACACUUUAUAUUUUUCUAACAAACAAAUAGACCAGAGUCACACUCUGAGAGCAACUUACCCCUCUUGAAUGAGGUAGAGAAAGAAGAAAAAUGCUCGGGCCCAUUUUACCAUUGUGUUCAAUGCAACUUUUUACUCCAUGAGUGUUGUGCAGAGUUACCCAGUACACCUCACCACCCAUGUCACCCACAGCACCCACUUUGCUUGACCACAAAUUUUCAUCCAUAUCUUUGUCUAUGUUGCAGCAUAUAUUGCAAUUUGUUUAAAUUCGGUUGUUCUGAAUGCGACUUCUUCCUUGAUAUUGGGUGUGCAUCCCUUCCGCACACUAUCAGACAUGAAGCUCACAAUCACACCCUUGCUCUAAGGCCAACAGGAUUUGGUUGCAAUGCAUGUGAUGUUUCUACUGAGUUUAGGUUUUUAUGUGAAACUUGCAAUUUCAAUGUA